CCCCUGUUUAGAUAGCAAAAUAGCAGCUACGGCCACUUAGAGAAGCAGCAGCCUCGCCUCUUAGAGAAGCAGCUAUGGCCUCCCUCACCGCCGUGGCAGCCGUUCAACCGGUCAUUGCGAAGGGCCUCGCGGGAAGCUCCUUCAAUGGGAAGCGGCUCUCCGUCAAGCCCUCCCGCCGAGCCUUCUCUAGCACCAGCCUCAGGUCCUGCGCCGUGGUCGCCAAGUACGGCGAGAAAAGCGUGUAUUUUGACCUCGAUGACCUCGGCAACACCACCGGACAGUGGGACUUCUACGGAACUGACGCCCCCUCGCCAUACAACUCACUUCAGAGCAAGUUCUUCGAGACGUUUGCAGCUCCUUUCACCAAGAGGGGUUUGUUGCUCAAGUUCUUGCUGCUAGGCGGUGCCUUCACGAUAGCGUAUGUGGGUUCCUCGGCUUCCGGUGACCUGCUUCCCAUCAAGAAAGGCCCUCAGCUACCACCCACAAAAGGGCCUCGUGACAAGAUAUAAGUGGCUUCUGUAAACAUAAAUCAAGUUUGGUUAUUUCCUAAAUUCUAUUGUUGAUAUAUACUUAAUUAUCUUUGUAAUCUAUGCCUGUCUGAUUACUCUAUGAUGUGAUAGAAAUUGAAGUCGAUCUGAACAAUGAGUUCUUUUC